ACCUAAUACACGAUCGAUCAACGAUCCUGCCUGAGGGGGUAGCAUGGAAGAUGCGGGCUCGGGAUGGCGCUACAACUCGACAAAUGGACGCAGGACACAGCAUUGCAGCAACCUUCAUCGAGGGCAAGGCGCUUCGUUGCCGUCGAGGCGUUGCUAAAUAUAGCGUACCAUCGCACCACGAUGCACGGCUCGAGCGCGCCUCCCGUUGCAAUGAAAGGGAAGAAAGGUCGAGUUGGCGAGAAUGAAAUUGAAACCCCACAGAUGAACAAGCUGCCGGUUGUCCCCGGUGCGCGAAGUUCGGCUCGCCGACCUACCGUGAGCGAUGCGGCGCUCACAACCGCCUUCAAGUCGGAUGUGAUGCUAUUGCAGCUCAAGAGUGACAAGUUGGAGCGACUUUGGGGCGCCGUCGCGACGAGUAGCGGAAAGCCCACGUACGAUCACGAGAUCAAGGCGAUCCUAGCGCAAACGUCGAGUGCCGAUGCCGUCAUCGCCCGCGAAAACUACGCUUCCAUGGAAGAAGCAGUGUGCAUGCUGUCGAUGAAGAUUGCCUUGAAUGGCCUUGUGGACCACAAGAUGCAAGUUCUUGAAAAGCUCGUGCUCCAAAGCACUUCGUUGCAGCCCGAGCAGUCGACGGCACCGACAGCGACGCUCUCUCGCUUGCCUACGUUCCUGGCGCUCAUCGACCGGCUGGUGCUCCUGCACACGAUCGCAAGAAACAACACCCUGGACGGAGAGGUGCCGCGCCCGCCAUCCCACGACACCAACAACGUCGAGCCACGUCAUGGCAAAGAGGAAGCGUUGAUGGCACGCAUCGGGCAGUUGCAGUGCGAGCUGUCUCAGUUGACGAUGGAGUUCGACGUGAAAUAUCGUGAAGCGGAAGACCGAUGGCACCGUGAAGCGAACGUCCUCAAGCAAGAAUGCUCGUCUCAAAACAACACGAUCAUGGCCCUACAGGACGAAGUGGAUGCGACGAAGCGCGCGUUGCGCCGCGCGGCGCACGACCUCGAGGCGGCGACGAUCAAAACAGACCUGUUGCAGCAAGAAUGCCGCCGUCACGACGCUGCCAUGCGCACGCUUCUCGAGGAAAAGGACGCUUUGGCGACUCAAGUUCACGAUGGGCAAGCCACGGUUGGGCACUGGAAAGCCGAACUCGACGGAAUCCAGCACCGGUUCCAAGCCCAGAUGGACGCCCGCGAUGCGCAGCGCGACGCGGCGCAUGCGGCGGAACUGCAGCGUGUCCAGGACAAGCACACAGCGCUUCAAGAGUCGACUGCGGAGCUCCAACGGUUGGUGACGUCGCUCACGGAAGAGGACGACGCCCUCGUGCAGCGCGUGGAACGAUGGUUGCGAUGUCGAAUCGCAUGCACGAAUCGUAUUGAUGGGUCACGCAGGCUCGUUGGGCUGGACGAGAGCGGAGCGACGGCCAUCGACAUGGACGGGAUCUCGGGUCUAAAAGUCGCCAAGGCCAUCGCGGCGGCAUUGCAACAGGUUGGGUACACCCUGGCUUGUUUGCGGUCGAGUGCGGCGGCAAGAACCCGUGAUGCCGCGUCGUCGGCAUGCCACAUGGAGCGGCAACUUGGCGCGAUGCACGACCAGCUCGCAGACGCCAAGGCAGCGAUCGCAUCGCUGGAAUCGGUGGCCGUCGGUCGCCUUGACACCAUCGAGCAACUCCGAGUCCAGCUGGACGAAGCGAGUGUCCAGCGCGAGCUGCAGGAAGCGGUGCUGCACCAGACCAUCGCAAGGCUGAACGUCGAGAUCACGGGCCACUUGGAAACGAUCGACCAGCUCCAACAGGACAAGCGCAACUUGAUCCAGUCCCAAUGCAGCGAUUCGGAGGUGCUAGCGAUGGACACGUUCGAACAAGUCGUCAAGGCAGAAUUCGAAACGAUGAAGCGAGCGUUUGAGGUCAAGGCGAAGCACGCGAUCGACCAAAUGGAGGCGCAGGAGAAAUUACAUUUCAAGCAAGUACAGGAUCUCGUUCGAAAGCAUCAAGAAGACCGGAUGGUCCAAGAACUCAAGGCGAAGAAGGUCGCCCACGACCUGCGGAUCCUCCAGGAACGAUGCAAGCUCCUCGAAGCGAACCCAUGAUAUUGCCGUCCGCUCGGAAGGAGAGUGCGCGCUCUCUAUCACCCACGGCGCUGGGAUAUCUAUACAGAGUCUUGAACAAGACAGGUGCAGUGUUGCCCUAUCUGCUCGGUGGAAG